AGCUAAAAACAUUUAUUCGAAAACCAAGCUACUUUGCAUAUUUGGAACAUCCAGAGCUAAUUAGGUUUUAAGAUGAUGAAGUGCCCUAGUGAGUAUAAAUGGUAUGUUGAGUAUGAAUACAACAUGUUAUUCUAAAAUUUUAAUAACUACUGACGUCGUACCCUAACAUGGGCCCACCACUGAGCAUCAGGCACACCAAACUGUAGCUUUUAAUCGUGGAUGGUGGGGCGCGCAUGGUGAUGCUACGCCCCCGCAGUAUCUUGUGUCACAACUUUAGUUGCCCUGCAAAACAGGGCAAAAAAGUUGAAGGGCCAGUUUGUAAGGUGUGAAGUUAACUUCAUAUAGGAAUCGUUCGAUUCCCAUAGGAUAUACUCGAGGGAAAAUUCCUGCGUUCCAUACAAAUGAUAAGAGUUCCUGCCGCGAAUUGGAUUACCGUUUUCUUGUGAAUUUGCUUGGUUCGAAGCAUGCCCUAUAAAUGGUACGCCUAGGGAUUGUCCAUAUACACACAAGGGUUUACAAGUGGCAAAACAAUUCAUGACGUGUUUGGGAAAUUUUAGUAGUGUCUUUCAACGCUUGAUCUGAAUGCUAAAUUAUUAUCCAGCGCCAAAGUUUGUUAGUUCUCUAGUGCAAGGGCAGGUAGGAACUAGUAAGAGCAAGUACUAGCCCUGGGGUCGUGUGGGCACGGCCUGCUCCCCCUCUCCUUGUGCGUCAUCGUCAGGGGGCGGCGGACCAGGCGCGGCUCAAUGAGAGCUCCGUUUAAAUUCUAGUUUUCCAGUGAAUUUAGAUAUAUUUUCAUAAAGUUAUAAAUAACUAGUCACGGUUAUGUCUUCGCUUAAUCUUUUAGCUGGUCCACUCCUGGCUAUCGCCAUCGCCACAUAAAAAAAGAAAAAAAAAGCUUUAAGGAACUAUAUAAACGCCCGAGCGCGCGCACGCACUACCUCCCGCUGCGGUUGCGACGCACUUGUCACGGUCCUUUUCUUUGAUGCUUGGAUAAUUAGCCCGUCUACCUGCUGCCCCGGCCAAGCCGCGACCGCGAGCGAGGUUGGUAGCCGGCCUCGUCGUCGCUAGCCCGUACGUAAGCGCGCCGGGGCCUUUAUAAGAGGAGCUCGCCGUAAGCUUGUAGGCUGCUGCGCGCCCGCGGCGGUGGGUUGGCGCAGGUAGCGUCGUCUCACGGGUAGCCGCCGGCCGGCGCGGCCACUAUAACUUGGGUCACGGAGAUAUGGGGCGGCAGCCGUGCUGCGACAAGCUAGGGGUGAAGAGGGGGCCGUGGACGGCGGAGGAGGACAGGAAGCUCAUCAACUUCAUCCUGACCAACGGCCAUUGCUGCUGGCGCGCCGUGCCCAAGCUCGCCGGGCUGCUUCGGUGCGGCAAGAGCUGCCGCCUUCGCUGGACAAACUACCUCCGCCCUGACCUCAAGCGCGGGCUCCUCACCGACGCCGAGGAGCAGGUCGUCAUCGACCUCCACGCCAAGCUCGGCAACAGAUGGUCGAAGAUCGCUGCAAAGCUACCGGGAAGGACUGACAACGAGAUCAAGAACCAUUGGAACACGCACAUCAAGAAGAAGCUGAUCAAGAUGGGCAUCGACCCGAUCACGCACGAGCCUCUCGAUAGGAAGGCCAGCAGCCCGGCCACAACGUCUCAGUCCGUCGUCACGGCCGAGUCCAAGUCCGAUGAGGCGACCAAGCAGCAGAGCCCGCAGAACAACAGCGUCCGGAACGCAUCGCCCGACGGUUCCAGCCCGACGGAAUCGAGCACGAACACCGCCAGCACCGGUGGUACCAGCAGCAGCAGCCAUGACCAGGACCCGCUGGUGAAGUGGCUGUUGGAAGAGGACCCUCUCACUGGCGACGAACCGUGGCUCAGCUUCACUGACAACGUCGACGUCGACGAGUUCAGCAGCAUCGCCGCCGGUCUGGCGUUGCCGUGGGACGGCGCGACCGUCGACUGGCUGCUCGACUACCAAGAUUUUGGAUUGGAGGGCUCGAGCAUGGUCGAUAGCCACAUGGUCAACAGCUCAAACGGAUCAAAGUUCUAGCUAGCUAUACCAGCUGAAGAUGUCAGCUUGUGUUGCUUUCAGUGUAGAUAAGUAAUAAGAAGCAUGCAUCGAUGGAGGUUGCAAAAGGUAAAUGACCAGAUCGUAGGGUGAUCAAGAGUCCUUGCUCUCUUGGAUCGAUCCAACCAAGGGCUGGGAUGCAUUUGAGAAAGAGGGGGUGUAGAUUAGCCUUCGUUUUUCCCCCUUUGAGGUUAAGGGGUUGUAUGACUAGAAAGAUGUGUUUCUUCUCAAAGAGAGAGGAUGUAGAACUCUUUGUUGUUCUAUACAUGUUUGCAAUACAAAAUCAGUGUGUGAGUAGCGGUGUAUGUUUGGUUA